CCACGUUCCGCGCUGCGGCCUCGCUCUCCGGCGCGCGCGCCAAGCUUCGCGGCCACCGCUCACACACGCGCGUCUGCGCCGGGCGCCGGCUCUCCCUCCCCGCGCGCGCCUGGCGCACGGCCGCACGUUCGUUUUCCCUCGUGCGCGCGCGGGGGGUCUCGGUGGCGGCGGGCGAACAGCGCGCGGCAGCUCCGUAGCGGCCGCAGCGGACUAGCCAGCGGGCCAUGGAGGCGGAUGGGGCCGGCGAGCAGAUGAGACCGCUACUCACCCGGGGUCCUGAUGAAGAAGCUGUUGUGGAUCUUGGCAAAACCAGCUCAACUGUGAACACCAAGUUUGAAAAAGAAGAGCUAGAAAGUCAUCGAGCUGUUUAUGUUGGUGUUCAUGUUCCAUUUAGUAAAGAGAGUCGCCGACGCCAUAGGCAUCGUGGUGGGCACAAGCAUCAUCACAGGAGAAGAAAGGAUAAAGAGUCAGACAAAGAAGAUGGCCGGGAAUCUCCUUCUUACGACACACCAUCCCAGAGAGUCCAGUUCAUCCUUGGUACUGAAGAUGAUGAUGAAGAGCAUAUUCCUCAUGAUCUCUUCACGGAAAUGGAUGAGUUGUGUUACAGAGAUGGAGAAGAGUAUGAAUGGAAAGAAACUGCCAGAUGGCUAAAAUUUGAAGAGGAUGUUGAAGAUGGUGGUGACCGGUGGAGCAAACCUUAUGUGGCAACUCUUUCCCUACACAGUCUUUUUGAAUUAAGAAGUUGCAUCCUAAAUGGAACAGUCAUGUUGGAUAUGAGAGCAAGCACUCUAGAUGAAAUUGCAGAUAUGGUAUUGGAUAACAUGGUAGCCUCUGGCCAGCUAGAUGAAUCCAUAAGAGAAAAUGUCAGAGAAGCUCUUCUGAAGAGACAUCAUCAUCAGAAUGAGAAAAGAUUCACCAGUCGGAUUCCUCUUGUUCGAUCUUUUGCGGAUAUAGGCAAGAAACAUUCUGACCCUCACUUGCUUGAAAGGAAUGGGGAAGGCCUCUCAGCCUCCCGCCAAUCUUUGCUAACAGGUCUGUCUGCCUCAAACGUGUCACUGAGAGGAGAAUCGCCUUUAUCUCUUCUUCUCAGUCAUCUUCUUCCUUCUUCAAGAGCUGGAACCCCUGCAGGCUCGAAGUGUACAACCCCAGUGCCCACCCCUCAAAAUAGUCCUCCUUCCAGCCCUGGAAUCAGUCGCCUGACUUCCAGAAGUUCCCAACACAGUCAGCUUCAGGCCCCAGAACUACUGGUUUCACCUGCCAGUGAUGAUAUUCCCACAGUAGUAAUUCAUCCGCCUGAGGAAGAUUUAGAAGAGCUGAAGGGCCAGGAGCAGAAGAAUGAGGAAAAUGUUGGCAUAACACCAGGUAUUUUGGCUUCUCCACAGUCUGCACCUGGAAACUUGGAUACUAGUAAAAGUGGAGAGACUAAAGGUAAUGGAAGUGGAGGAAGCAGAGAAAAUAGUACUGUUGAUUUCAGCAAGGUUGACAUGAAUUUCAUGAGAAAAAUUCCUUCGGGAGCAGAGGCAUCUAAUGUUCUAGUGGGGGAAGUAGACUUUUUGGAAAGACCUAUAAUUGCAUUUGUGAGACUGGCUCCUGCUGUCCUCCUUUCAGGGUUGACUGAGGUCCCUGUUCCUACAAGGUUUUUAUUUCUGUUACUGGGUCCAGCAGGCAAGGCAUCCCAGUAUCAUGAAAUUGGAAGAUCAAUAGCCACUCUAAUGACAGAUGAGAUUUUUCACGAUGUAGCUUAUAAAGCAAAAGACAGAAAUGACCUCUUAUCUGGAAUUGACGAGUUUUUAGAUCAAGUUACUGUUCUACCUCCAGGAGAGUGGGAUCCUUCUAUACGCAUAGAGCCACCAAAAAGUGUUCCUUCUCAGGAAAAGAGAAAAAUUCCCGUAUUUCCCAAUGGAUCUGCCCCAAGCUCGGGUGAGAUUCCUAAAGAGGCUGCUCAUCACGCUGGGCCUGAGCUACAAAGGACUGGACGGCUUUUUGGUGGUUUGAUACUUGACAUCAAAAGGAAAGCACCUUUUUUCUUGAGUGACUUCAAGGAUGCAUUAAGUCUACAGUGCCUGGCCUCGAUUCUUUUCCUAUACUGUGCCUGUAUGUCUCCUGUAAUCACUUUUGGAGGGCUGCUUGGAGAAGCUACAGAAGGCAGCAUAAGUGCAAUAGAGUCUCUUUUUGGAGCAUCAUUAACUGGGAUUGCCUACUCGUUGUUUGCUGGGCAACCUCUAACAAUACUGGGGAGCACAGGUCCAGUUUUAGUGUUUGAAAAAAUUUUAUUUAAAUUUUGCAGUGAUUAUCACCUUUCAUAUCUGUCUUUAAGAACCAGUAUUGGUCUGUGGACUUCUUUCUUGUGUAUUGUUUUGGUUGCAACAGAUGCAAGCAGUCUUGUGUGUUACAUUACUCGGUUUACAGAAGAGGCUUUUGCAGCACUCAUCUGCAUCAUAUUCAUCUAUGAGGCUUUGGAGAAGCUCUUUCAUUUAGGAGAAAUAUAUGCAUUUAAUAUGCACAAUAAUUUAGAUAAACUGACCAGCUACUCGUGCAUAUGUACUGAACCCUCUAACCCUAGCAAUGUAACUCUAAAGAUGUGGAGGAAAAAUAAUAUAACUACAAAUGAUAUUAACUGGAGCAAUCUCACUGUUUCUGAAUGUAAAGCCUUUCACGGUACAUUCGUAGGCUCAGCUUGCGGCUCUCACGGACCUUAUAUUCCAGAUGUGCUCUUCUGGUGUGUCAUCUUAUUUUUCACGACAUUCUUUCUGUCUUCAUUUCUCAAGCAAUUUAAGACAAAGCGCUAUUUUCCUACCAAGGUUCGAUCGACAAUCAGUGAUUUUGCUGUAUUUCUGACAAUAGUAAUAAUGGUUGCAAUUGACUACCUUGUAGGAGUUCCAUCUCCUAAACUUCAUGUUCCUGAAAAAUUUCAGCCCACGAAUCCAAAUAGACGCUGGAUCAUAAGCCCCCUGGGAGAAAAUCCUUGGUGGACCUUAUUAAUUGCUGCUAUUCCAGCUCUGCUUUGUACCAUUCUAAUCUUUAUGGAUCAACAAAUCACAGCUGUAAUCAUAAACAGAAAAGAGCACAAGUUGAAGAAAGGAGCAGGUUAUCACCUUGAUCUGCUCAUGGUUGGUAUCAUGUUGGGAGUUUGCUCUAUUAUGGGACUACCAUGGUUUGUGGCUGCCACAGUCCUGUCAAUAAGUCAUGUCAACAGCUUGAAAGUUGAAUCUGAAUGCUCUGCUCCAGGGGAACAACCAAAGUUUUUGGGAAUUCGUGAACAGAGGGUUACAGGGCUUAUGAUUUUCAUUCUGAUGGGCCUGUCUGUAUUUAUGACUUCAGUACUAAAGUUUAUUCCUAUGCCUGUUCUGUAUGGUGUUUUUCUUUACAUGGGAGUUUCCUCAUUAAAAGGAAUUCAGUUUUUUGAUCGUAUAAAAUUAUUUGGAAUGCCUGGUAAGCAUCAGCCUGAUCUGAUAUACCUUCGAUACGUACCUCUCUGGAAAGUCCAUAUCUUCACUGUCAUUCAGCUUACUUGCCUGAUCCUUCUUUGGGUGAUAAAGGCUUCAGCUGCUGCAGUAGUUUUUCCCAUGAUGGUUCUUGCAUUAGUGUUUGUCCGGAAACUCAUGGAUUUAUGUUUCACAAAGAGAGAACUUAGUUGGCUCGAUGACCUCAUGCCAGAAAGUAAGAAAAAGAAAGAAGAUGACAAGAAAAAAGAAAAAGAGGAGGCUGAACGAAUGCUUCAAGCUGAUGAUGAUACUGUGCACCUCCCGUUUGAAGGAGGAAGUCUUUUGCAAAUUCCAGUUAAAGCCCUAAAAUAUAGUGUUGAUCCCUCAGUUGUUAACAUAUCAGAUGAAAUGGCCAAAACUGCACAGUGGAAGGCACUUUCCAUGAAUACUGAGAAUGCCAAAGUAACCAGAUCUAACACGAGCCCUGAAAAACCUGUGAGUGUGAAAAUAGAUUUGGAAGAUGAACCAGCAAAGAAGUACAUGGAUGCUGAAACUUCAUUAUAGAAUUGAACUAAGAGGAAAUUUCUAUGUGUAUAUAGAUAUACAGUUAUUUAUAUACAGUAUGUAUGUUUGUGUCAAUAUAAAUAACAAUAUCAUAUGUCAUGCUAUUUAUGCAUGACAACUUUUUUGAAGUAGCUUAUGAAGUUUGUUAGGAGCACCAUGGUGACUGUGUAUAUAGUGAAAUGGUCUCUUAGAAGUAAGGUACAUACUAUUCAAAUAUUUAUUCUGCUGGGAAUUUUUCUGUUUUGCAAUAGAAAGAUGUGGAAAAUGUAAUCAAUCUACUUUUCUUUAAGUCUAUUUGUUCAUCAGUGAAAAUUCAUACCAAUCUUAAGUGAUGUAUUUUCUCCAUAUAUUUAAAGUUUUUACUUGAGUUAUUAAAAAUGUUCAUAUUUUCCUUUUGUUAGUGCUUUAUAAGAAAUACAGGUAUUCUUUAUGCCAGUUUUGUGGGGCAAAUGGUAAUAUGUCAUGGCUUCUCAAUAGGUGUUUCACUUAUAGAUACCCGUCAUGUUUUACAAGCAAUGGAAAUCUUUGUUUUUGCCUAGAGAGGUAGAACAGUGGAAGGCUUUUUAGAUAAGAACUAUGACUUUGAACUUUUUUAAAAGAAACAUUUUAAAAUCUUAGAACUUCUUCAUCUAGGUUUCUAUCCUGAUAGACAAGCAAAAUUGCAGGUGAUUUUAUAAUUUAAUCACCGUAUCAGCCAUUACUUUAUGAAUUUUAGAAGUUAUAAAAUGCCAGCGUACAGUAAAUUUUGUUUCCUCUUGUAGAAAUUUUGUCUGAAUCCUGAUACUUCAUUAGAGCCCAGAGUGAUCCCUUAGCUUCAACUUAAAAUGUGGUUUAUUUUGUUUUAGGUUCAAGUUCUUGAUUACUUUCCAUUAUUAGUAUGAUUAAAUAAUCAGGAGUAAAUUUACUUUAAUGAGUGUAUGAUCAGUAUUACUUUAUUAAGGAUUACCUUUUUUCCUUGUUUUUUGCUUGUUAGUUCUACUAUAUAGUAUUUAAUAGUUUCUGUGAUUUCACAUUUAAAUAUUUAUUUUAAUUGAUGUUUCAGUGUGUAAACAUUUGAAAAGGUAGCAAACGUACAUAGUUGGUGCACACUACAUUUAUGGUUUAUUUGAAAGCAGUUGACAGAUUUUACAUCCUUGCUAUAAAGCACUGCCACGUUUGUAUUUUAAAAGGAAUUUACAAUUUUUAUGUGUAGGCUAUUCUGAUUGAUGGCAUUCUUUCUAUUUUGUCUUUGUUUUUAUUUUCUAAGCUCUUUUAACUUAUAGUAAAUUUCUAGCCAUCUUUUAUAUAACUUGUAGUUCCAUAUAAAAUGAAUGUUCUUGUUAAGCCUGUAGACUGGAUGAAUGGGGCUAUGAAACUUAUUUGGCAGGAGCAUAUAUAUAAAAACCAAAUGAGUAUUGAAAAGCCACUGAAAUAUUUUUAAAAGUAAUGUCGAUAUUAGGAUUAAAGUUUUAUGAGAUUCCCAUAUUCUCUGUAAUACUUUACAAUUGAAGUAUGGAAGUAUAAGAAUUGAUCUUAUAAGGAUCUCUUAUGAGGAAUGCCAAAAGCUGAUAUUUUAGCAAUUCCGAAGUGUUUUUACUCCUCUGUAAGUUUUGUAUAACUAAUGUAAGUUUCCCCAUCUGAGACUAUAUUUUGUCAGAUGCUAGUUAAAAUAAUGGUUCGAUUUCUGCCUUAGAUGAAGGUUGGAAAUGUAACUACUUUUUCAUUAGAAAAUAUCGCUGGCAUCAUUUGGUACGGUCUUAAAAAAAGAGCAAGACUCUUGGCAACUGGUAAUAAGAGUAUUACCCAUGGUGCUUGUUACUGUUUAUGAGCUUCCACUGAGUGAUUCCAUCUUAAUGGCAGCACAGUCAUUUCCAAAGACUCCAGUAUUUGCUGCUAUUCUGUUAACUCUGAUAUACCUGAAGAAGAGGAUUUCUUCACCUUAUUUUCUUGUGUCUGGACAACAUAGGGUUAACAGAUGUAUUUACAGGAAGAGAUUUUAAAAUUUAGACUGAAAACUACAUGGAACCAUAAAGUUUUGAUGACUUUAUUUAAUUAUGUAUGAUAAUUGUCUGGUGCCAGAAUAACCAUGACUUGCAAAAUAUUAAUACUUUGCACUCCAAAUGUUUUACUGUGUUUCUAAUUGUUAAUGGUUUCUGCUUUAUUUUGACUACUUGACAUACAAAAUGAUCUGACUACUCCAUUGAAGAGCAAAGGUAACUCAUGUUUAAGUAAUCAACUCUUUGUGGUUAUAUUUUCCACUAUUUUUGAAGACAGCAAUCAUGAAAAACAUUGCAAGACAGUGAAAAAUAUAAUUUACUUAUAUCAGUAUAUUGAUUUUUUUUAAAUGUUGCCUUAAAUAGGUAUAAAUGAGCAGUAGUAAUUGCUGUGUACUUAUUUACCUCAAGGUGCAAAAUAAUUAAACCUGUACAUAUUCCAUUUACAAAAGAAAUUCAUAUAAACAGCCCUGCACUUUCUUAGAUGCCUUGGUUUCCAGGAUGGAGCUUAGUGCUACUGAAUACCCUGGCCACAGAGCCAUCUCAGGAUAUUCUUCUCUCCACUCUAUUUUAUUUAUUUAUAACUCUCUGUUUACAAAGACUAUAAUGAAACCUGAUGUUGACCAUCUGAAACUUACUUUCUUUGGAAUGCUGUUUCAUUCUAAAAUAGCAGCUUUUGAGAAAACAACUUCCUUAUGAUAUAUAAUCUUUAUACUCUCUAUUAGAUAAGCAAAAUUGAAGCACACGAUCUUUAAUGGGUAUGUGGGUAUGAAUGGAUUUGUGUGAAUGAUGUCAUCAAUGUAAAUCUUUUACGUUGCUUAAAAAACUAUGGCAUACCAAUGUUCAUGUUUGCCAAGUCUUCUGUAAAACAUGUAAGAAUUGUUUGUGUUCACGCAUGUAUUUAUAAAGCAGGUUUCUUUGCUACUUAGGUUUUCAUCAUCCAGAAACAUUUGUUUCUUCCAUACUUCCAAAGUUCAUGUGUGUAUAUAGUAAUUUUACAGCUUUUUAUUUUCACAAAGACGGGUUCAAAAUUCUGUAAAAAAAGAGAACUGGUUCUUGAAACAGGUCUAAAACCAGAACUUGCUGUUUUUAAACGGUCAUAUCAUGUACAUUAGUUUUGUAACUGCUCAGCAGCUUAACAUGAAUCCCGCUUCAAAGUGCACAGAUUUCCAUUGUAUAAGCCAUUGAUGUGACAUAAUUCAAAAUCUCUUAAGUUAAAUAACUUAAUGUUUUAAAUAUAUUUAUGUAGAUCUCAUCAUUGUUAUUGUAUGAAGUACAAAUCUGUGAAGUGUCUUAGUUUAGUCCAACAAUUAUUAUUUAUUUUUUAGAAAAUUUAAGAACUUUAAGGACAUUUAAAGUUUACAAUAGUGUUAAAAUUUGGCAAAUUUAAUGCAAAGUUGGCUUUUUAAUAGCUUUUCAAAAAGUAAUAUAAGUGUAAUAUUAGGAAGGCAUAGUUGAAGAUGGAAUUAUCUAAAGAUCAUUUUAUAAAUUUAAUUAAAACAUUGAUUUCUGUAGUUGACUUAGGGUCAUUUUUAAACUCAAAUUGUUUUUUAAUCAGAUGUUUUGUGCAUUGAUUUUUGUGUUGUAUCUUUGUGUUACUUUAUUAAGGUUUUUUUUUUUUAAUUUUGUAGGGGGUACCUUCCAAUGUUUACCAUGUUUAGGUAAUUAGAAAUUAAAUUGAAUUUUAUUUUUCAUUUAUAUGAUGUUUGGUAGCUUGGUAUAAUUUCAUAGUAAAAUUAUAAUUUUAUGACUUUUAUAAUUAGAAUGAUAAUAUUUUCAUUUGUAAUAAAAUCCAAAGUAAACAUUUAAAAUGUAGGACUGAUAUUUCUCAUUUAUAUGAAGUACUAGUCUCUACCAAGUGUAUAAUGUGAAUGAAUGAUCCCGCCUUUUAGAUUUGUUUCAUAAUUGUUAGAAGAAAACUAUUUUUUGGAAAUGUUACUGAAAUUGAAAGAGCAAUAAAAGUCUACUGAAUUA